AUAGCCUGAGAACUUGACACUAGACGGCAAGACUGAGGACCGGCGGCAAGAUCGUGUCUCCACGUGUAACAGUAGUGACUGUCUUGUCACAAAUCUAAACAUGAUCUCUUUCAACUGGCAUCGAGGAUAAUGAGGACUAUUUUGGAUAAUGAGGACCAUUACAUUCGAUACAGAGAAAAACAGAGAGACGUGUCCACAAAGAAAAUACUUUGAUUUCUCUACCAUAAAUUGGAUACGAUUCUGCGCUCUGGACUAAAUUUGGAAAACACAGACUCAACUUAAUUUUUUGUUGAACCAUGGGUGAAUUUUUAUAUUUGAAGUUGGAAGAACGUUAAGUGCCUUGUAUCUGUGAGGAUCUCCAUGUGCUCCUCGGCCAAGUGAUGCUGGCCAUGCAGCAUUACAACGCCUCUCCAACUCCCCUCUCCAACCAGACUCAUGGUAUUGCCAAAGUGGCGGCAGUGGCGCACAAUGUCACUGCCCAAACGACCCCCACCGUGGCAGUAAUGUCCAUGACCCUGGGGAUUCUCUCCAACAUCUUAGCCCUCUUCAUCCUCGCCAAAGCCUACAAUCGCAUGCGCAGGCGUUCCAAGGCCACCUUCCUGCUCUUUGCCAGCUCCCUGGUGGCCACAGACUUAGCUGGACAUAUCAUCACAGGCGCCCUGGUGCUUCGACGUUACUCAGUGGGAUUUAGCCCAGACUCUGGGAGCGUAGACCCUUCCUGCCAGUUCCUUGGAGGCUGCAUGGUGUUCUUUGGCCUAUGUCCGCUCUUCAUGGGCUGUGCCAUGGCAGCCGAGCGCUGCCUGGGCGUGACGCAGCCCCUGCUCCACGCCUCGUGGGUCAGCACGGCUCGUACCAAGCUAGCGCUGGCGCUCAUCUGGCUCAUGGCACUAUUUGUGGCCCUGCUGCCGUCCUUUAAUCUGGGCCGCUACACAUACCAGCACCCCAAGAGCUGGUGCUUCAUCAGUGUACUGGAGGGGACAAUGGCCAGUGACGUAGCCUUCGUCCUGAUCUUCUCCGGACUGGGCAUGGCCUCUCUGGUCGUGGCGCUGGUGUGCAACACCAUCAGCGGGAUCACGCUGGUGCACGCGAGGCUACGCCGGAGGACGUGCUCGCGGCGCUCCACCAAUUCGCAUGACAUCGAGAUGGUGGUGCAGCUCCUGGGCAUCAUGGUCACCUCUUGCAUCUGUUGGAUCCCCCUGCUGACAUUUGACCUGAUGUCAGUGAUGCAGUCUUACGGUGUUGAAAUGGACGAGGACCAGCUCACCUACUGCAAAGGGCUUCUUCUGACAGGAGUGCGACUGGCGUCCUGUAACCAGGUCCUGGACCCAUGGGUGUACAUCCUGCUGCGCCGGGCAGUCCUGCGCAAAAUCUACUGUCUCACCACCUGUGGGAGAGUCAACCUCCGAGGAAGCACUUUCCGGCACUGGGAGAUAAGCUCUCUGCAGAGCUCAGAGAAAAAAUCUGUCAGUCGAAUCUGAGGAUUGUGCCGGGCUAGGCUAGGGUGAAGUGAGGGUCCAGAAUCACAAACCAUGAUGGACUGAGAUUAAGAUCUAAAGUGCCCAUAUGAUAAGGAUCAACCUCUCUUUCCCUUUCAGGUAUCAAGGAGGAGGUUAAAAGUGUUAUUCAAAGGACUCAUUGUCCCUUAACAGACCCACCAUGUUAGUCUGUUUGUAAUGUGAAUGUAUUUAAAACCAUGGCUAUGACAGCUGUAAUUGGCCAGUGAAAAAAGAGAAUUGUGUGAUGUGUCGGUAUGGUAGUCAAAGAAUAAGGAACAGCAGAUGCCGCUAAGACUUUCAAAAGAAAACUGAUAAUAUGGUAACAACUGAGCAGAAAGAUAGUUGUUUGGGAAUGUCUGAGGAUGUAACAUAUUUUUAAGCUUUAAAAUGCAACUACUUUAAACUACUUUGAGUAUUCCUGGAAGUCUUGCCUUCCGGUCUUGAUAUUAAAAAUAUAAAAAAGUUGCUUUGUUAACCCCAUCUCAACAUUGUUAUAACUCAGUACUUGACAGCAAUUGUUUGGCUAUUUGUUUUUUUGUUUUGUUUUUGGCUUGGCAUAAUAGCUGUGGAUGUCUUGACAAGGUGUAAAAUCAGUGACUUAUGUCGGUAUGGCCACAAUGACAAAGUGAAGUUUUUCUUUUGUUUUAUGUGGAGAGAAAUGCUAUUGCUGUUUUGUGUAUUUAUUGUGUAAAGCACUGUUUUCCCAGUUAUGUGGGAGGACUUGAAAUUAAGCUAUUCGAUGUAAAAAGCUAUUGAAUGUCAUAAUGAACAAUAAAAGUAUAGUUGUCUAUUG